AUGCUACCCAGGUUUGGCAGCAUUUCCUGGAUGGCAUCUUGCAAUGGUUACCAUGCUGAUUCACGUACCUGGUCGAUGUUCUCGAAGAUGUCUGAAAUCCACUGCAGCCACCUGAAAACUGUUUUCUGGCACCUCAGUGAAGUUGACAUAGUGAUGAACUCAUGGAAAUGUGUAUUCACUGUGAAUGAGAUUGAGUUUUUCGGUCAUUUAAUAACCCAUAAUAGAUCUACACCUCUGCCAGACAAAGUGCAGGUGAUCCUGAACAUGCCAUGGCCAGAGACUCACAAAGGCCUACGUUGUUAUUUUGGGAUGGUCAACUUCCACCAGUGCCAUCGGCAUAAUGCUGCUGUGGUGCUCGAACCUGUGACUGCAGAGCAACGUGGUCCCAUGGCAAAAGAAAGGGCUCCCAUUACCUGUACUCAUGAAAUGAAAUGGAGCAGUUUUAUUGCAUCUAAAUGGUGCCCCAUCGAAGCGGUGCUUCUUGCUCAUGCAAUACACAAUGUAGAGUUAGCCAUUGUUGUGGAUGCCAGCCAGACCACUAUCAAUGCAGUGCUUCGACAAUACAUUGAAGGCAGCUGGCAGCCACUCGGCUUCUCCCCGUGA